AUGGACCACCUAAUUACAAAAUCGAUCUUUUGCACUCUCCUUACAAUUGCUCUACUCUCAUUUACCAAGUUGCUAUUAUCCCACCUAUCCGUUCCUUUCCCUAUUAACCUUCUAGCACUCACUUUCCCUUUGCUUCCCGCCAUAAUCCAUCUUUACAACUCCAUCUCCAACCACCCGACCGACCUCCCACCCGGGCCGCGGCGCUUCCCAAUUUUUGGCAAUUGGCUCCAAGUUGGCAAUGACUUGAACCAUAGGCUCCUAGCAAGCAUGUCAAAUACCUAUGGUCCCAUAUUCCUACUCAAGCUCGGCUCAAAGAAUUUAGCCGUGGUAUCCGACCCCGAGCUAGCCAACCAAGUCCUACACACACAAGGUGUCGAAUUCGGGUCCCGCCCACGAAAUGUCGUGUUCGAUAUAUUUACGGGCAAUGGCCAAGACAUGGUAUUCACAAUUUACGGUGACCAUUGGCGAAAAAUGCGCCGUAUUAUGACCCUCCCGUUUUUCACUAACAAAGUGGUGCACCAUUAUAGAGACAUGUGGGAGCAAGAAAUGGACCUAGUGGUUCAUGACUUGAAAAAUAAUGAGACAGUGAGAGAAACAGGCAUAGUGAUUAGAAAGAGGUUGCAGUUGAUGCUAUAUAACAUCAUGUACAGAAUGAUGUUUGAUGCAAAGUUUGAGUCAGAAAAUGACCCUUUGUUCAUUGAGGCAACCAGGUUUAAUUCAGAAAGGAGCAAGUUGGCUCAGAGCUUUGAAUAUAACUAUGGAGACUUUAUUCCUUUUCUUAGGCCAUUCUUAAGGGGGUACUUAAACAAAUGCAGAGAUUUACAGCAUCGACGACUCACGUUUUUCAACAAUUAUUAUGUUCAGAAAAGAAGGGAAAUAAUGGCUGCAAAUGGACAGAAGCACAGUAUAAGCUGUGCCAUUGAUCACAUAAUAGAUGCUCAGAUGAAGGGAGAAAUCAACCCCAAGGAAUUCCGGCCAGAGCGAUUCUUGGAGGAGGAAAGCAGCACAGAGGCGGUAGCUGGCGGGAAGGUCGAUUUCCGAUACUUACCAUUUGGAGAGGGAAGGCGGAGCUGCCCAGGGAUCAUACUUGCACUGCCAAUUCUGGGGCUUGUCAUUGCCAAAUUGGUCUCCAAUUUCGAAAUGCUCUCACCUGCGGGAUUGGAAGGGAUCAAUGUGAGCGAGAAAGGAGGGCAAUUCAGUUUGCACAUAGCAAACCAUUCCACGGUUGUCUUUAAGCCAAUCUAA